AUGGUCUUAGGCAGCCCCUGUGAAACGGUGGUUCGGCCUCCAAAGGGGACGUUGCCUCGCUGGGGGCUAAACCUGCUGGGUCCGCCUCCCAGGCGUCCUUUCCAGCUUCACUCGGGAGGGAGCCUGGAAGGCGCGGAGGAGCCGGUGUCCCCGCAGCACAGACGCGAGUGUGGGGCUCGGCGACCCCGCGAGGGACCCGCUUCGGGGCGGGACAGGGUUCUCUCCCCGCCCCCUGCGCCCGAGAGCCCAAUGGCUGCGGCCGCGCCGGGGCGCCCGGCUCAGGACCGCGUGACCUUUGACGACGUGGCCGUGUACUUCUCCUGGGAGGAGUGGGGGCUCCUGGAUGAGGCUCAGAGACGCCUGUACCAGGAGGUGAUGCUGGAGAACUUGGCCCUUGUAUCCUCUCUGGGUAAGACUCUCACCGUCUCAUCACUCAGCUUCAGUUCCCGCUGGUUUUUACAACCAGAGUUUGGCUAGGUUCCUGGUCUGGGGCCGAGCCCCCUUGCUCCUCAGGUACCUUCACAGCCUAGAUAUCCCGACCAGUUUCUAUCUGCCACAUGUAAAAAAAAAAAAAAAAGUUUCUGGUCAUUGGGGCAAAAA